AUGAUAAUGAUGAUGCGCCGUAUGAUGUGUGUGUUGGCCGUUGUGCUGUGCUGUGCCUGCGGGUAUACCAUGACGGCUGCUGCUUGUACUACUACUAGUGCAGGACAGCCAAAGGCAGUGAUGGCGAUACUUCUUGACGCUCCUAUUGCUACAAAGGACUUGUUGGUAAACUUAACGCAUGAAAAUGCAACCUUAUGGAGAAAGAGAAAAGAAAAAAGGAAGCAAGUUCAAGAGAACGAAGAGCUUGUAGUCAAAGAGCUAGAGGCGCGGAAAGAAGUUCCAACGAAUGUAAUUGGUCCCUCUUUAACAGCAGUUGCACCAUCACAACCACCCACUGGUAGUGUUGUUGGAGCACUCCAUGCAGGGACUGGUGUGUCUCACCCACCUUCUACUGUCUCAUCUCUAACAACGUCUCCAGGGCAGCUUGAGGUUGGUAUUCCUGAGGCUGCCAGUUCUAAGAGUAAAAACGAAAACAUUGGGCCUAAAGAAGUUAGUAAUAUGGAUGGUAAUGCAGCGAGCAAAGAUACUUCUACAGAGGUUAACGUUACAGGGAAUACGUUAUCUGCUUCAGGUGGUACUGAGAUAAAUAGAGAACAACCAGGAGUGACGGAAAAUCACAGAACUGCCACUAAAACGACAACAACAACUACAUCUGAAAAUACCGCAAAUGUAACUGAUAUCAACGAGCGUAAUGCCACAGAACAACCACCUACAGAUGCUGGUGUCACUACAAAUACAACAUCACACGAGAGCAACACGGCUCCAUCCGCAGAGAGCAACAACACUAACACUGAAGCACCAAAUACAAACACGACCACUGUAUCUCCUGCACCUAACGCAGUGAUCAGCAAUAUUGCCUCUAUUAUGCAGAAGAAGGCUAAUGCUGACAGCAGUGUCAAUCCUGUGUGGAUGCGUACUGCAGCACCGCUAUUGAUUGUGGCUGUGUUAUUCUCUUUUACUGUGUACUGA